AGGCCCAGCCUGUUGAGAGGGCAGAGGGAAAGGGCAAAGCACCUGGUCAGACCUACCUCUCACCUCUGCCGCGACACUUCAGUCUCAUGGAAACGCAAGUCAACAUCUUGAGGAAACGGCUCCUCUUCUAGAGACUCGCAAAGCUCCCCUUCAAGCCAGCCCCAGUCGCGUUGACCUUCGUGGUAGGAUUCAGCACAGCCCCAAGGUCUCUGAAAGCACCACCAGCUAUGCGACUUCUCUUUCCGCCACCUUCCCGCGUGGUUGCCAUGUUCCUGGUCCUCCAAGUCCAAGCGGGGAGAGCCUUCAUCCGCGCCGUCCACAGCCACGACUCCCCCAGCCUCGAUUUCAGGGCCCUGCCGGCUCUCUUUGGGCCCCUGCUCCCCACGGAAGGGCUCACGGGGUCCCUGGUCGAAGCGAGCCCCGCAAAUGCCUGCCUCCCCAUUGAAGGUCCGCCCAACGCCUCCUCAGCCUUCAUAGUGCUCAUCCGCCGGUACAACUGUUCCUUUACCACCAAGGUCCUCCACGCCCAGCAAGCUGGCUUCCACGCUGCCAUCAUCUACAACGUCGACUCCCAGACACUCGUGAGCAUGGUGAGAGAGCCAGACACCGUACAUCACAUCCGUAUCCCUGCUGUGUUCACGACAGAUGUGGCCUCCAGGAUCCUGAAACGGCUUCAUGGGGCUGGCAAGCUGAACUCGGUGGUCCUGAUGCCCGAAUACUUCCACUUCACCUGGAAGGUGGCUUCUGGGACCACCCGAAUUUCUUCCUCGCACCCCUGCAGGUGUCACAUCCAGCUGCCCGGGCCCUGCUCUCAGCUUUCACUUCUCCACACUUUCUGGUUCUUCUGCAUCCCGGUGUCCGCCUUGAUAGCCGCAUUGCUCAUUGAGAAAUACCUCUUGAGGUGCCACAGGUGGAAGGCGGGGAGAAGCUUCCACCUCCAAGGAAACAGGGGAGAGCUGCUCACCUUCUCCUUCCCCAGCUCCAGAUACCAGGAAUGCGCCAUCUGCUUGGAGAAGUACGUUGAGAGGGACAGCCUGAAGGUCCUCUCCUGCUCGCAUGCAUUUCACAGCAAGUGCAUCGACCUCUGGCACAUCACCCAAGCCAGGAGCAAGACCUGCCCUCUCUGCAUGCAGAGGGUCAUGGUGGUCACCCGCUUGCAAGCGGUGAGGCUGUGGAAAGAGGGGGCCGCCAGGGACAGCCGCCGGACCCUGUGGCCCAGCAAAGCCAGAACCGCCGUGGACCAACCAGCCUGCCUCUUGCUCCCCCAGCAACUCCCUUCCCGGUUCUGA